AUGUUCACACUGAAAAAUGGAGAAGAAAUGCCGAAAUUGGCUCUUGGGACCUAUUUGGCCCAUGGCGAACAGGUAAAUGUUUUUUGAUUAAAAUUUUUGUACUGUUUCACGAGUGCUGUAAAUUCACAACAAGCCACUUUUUGUAGUGCAAAAAUUGAGUGACCUCGGGGCCGAGUUUGAAAAGUUAGGCCACAUUAGACUACUUCGUGGCCGUGAAAUUCGGCCAGAUUGCGAACAGAGCAGAGGAAUACCGCGAUAAUAAUUUUACAGCUUUUCAACGCGGUGGAUCAAGCGCUAAAAGCCGGCUAUCGCAGUUUUGACACGGCGAAAUAUUACGAGAACGAGAAAGAGCUGGGAGAUGCUCUACAGGUACGGAACACUUUUUUUUUAAAUCAGAACUGUUCCGAAUCCGAACCCGUCACAACAUGACUUUUUGUAACAAGAGCCACCCGCAGAUAGGUUCUGAUCCGGGACAGUUCUGAGAAGUACACGCGGAUAUCGAUAAUUCUGUCUGAAAUGCGAUUCUGACGCUGAUAUUCGACAUUUUUGGGUCUAUUCGGAUGAACUCGAGGCUACCAAAAACGGAAAUCGAAAAUCUUUGUGCACCACACUCUAGAACUCGAAAAUUCGCUAUUUUUACAGAAACUGCUGCCCCGCUACAACCUGCGCUCGGAGGACCUCUUCCUCACUUCGAAAAUAUUUCCGUACUCGUCUCGGGACGUAAUUGAGAAAAUCCACGCCGACGUCGACGAAUCGCUGUCGUUUCUGGGCAGAACGUACGCGUUUUUCCGCAGUUCAAAGCGCACAUUUCCGCCAGUUUUUCAUGCUCAAUUUGCAGAUAUCUCGACCUCGUUCUCGUCCAUUAUCCGCGUCCUUUGGACUCUUCCGAUAAGGAUAAAUGCAAUAAAGUGUACAGGAAGAGGGCGUGGAAUGCGUUGGAACAGUUGCAAAGUACGGCUGAAAAGUGCUGAAAACUAGUUGUUACAAUUCAGAAUCCGGAAAAAUCCGUUCGAUCGGCGUUUCCAACUACGAAAUCAGGCAUAUAGAGGAGAUGGGGGACUAUUUGAGCAUCGAGCCGACCGUCAAUCAAUGCGAAUAUCAUCCGCAUUUUCAGAGAAAGCCGCUCAGAGAAUACUGCCAAAAGAACGGAAUUUUAUUCCAGGUGAUUGUGAAAUUACAUCUUUUAAAUCAACGUUAGAUUUUUAUAGGCCUUUUCCCCGCUCGGUCGCCAAAACAAACAGCUUCUGGAGGACGAGAAUCUGCUGAAAAUCGCGAGAAAUCACGCAACUACGACAGCGGUUUGCAGAUCAUUGAUUGUAACUCAAAAAUGUGUAAUAUUUUCAGACCGUAAUUCUCGCCUGGAUCAUGCUCGGCAACGUGGGCGUUGUGGCGAAAUCGGUAACCGACUCGCGAAUUUUCGAGAAUUUCCAGGUAAUUUUUGAGCUUUUGUGGAAAAUUGCCCAUUUUUCGACAGUCUAAUCCUCGGAUUUUUCUCAAAUUUCACUCGGACCAAUUUGUGCACUUUCUCAGGCUCUGAAAUUGAAUAUUCCGACGGAGACGCUCGAAAAAAUCGACAAAUUGGACCGUGAGCAGCCGUACGUUGAGGACAACGGAUGGGAAUGCGAUUAA